CAGCGCCGGCGAGGAGGCCGGCCGUCGUGCGUCCUGCGCGUGCGCGCUGGAUGCGGCGGCCCGGAACCCUGGCGGAGCCCGGCGCGGGAGGAGGCCUGAGGGCGGCGGGGGCGGAGCGCGCCGCGAGCCGGGGGCAUGUCCGCGGCGGGCGCCGUCUAGAGGAGGGCCGGGCCGCCGCUGCCGCCGCCGCCGCCGCCGCCGCCACCACGCUCCCCGUCUCGGCGAGACGCCAGCGGGCCAGGUCGCGGGGCGCUGCGGCGAUGCAGCGGCGGAGGCGGCCCCCGCCGCCCGCGUCUGCGCCCGAGGGUCCGGGAGGCGCGGGGGGUUCGGGGGGCGGGCGGCGCGGCCGCGGGCGGGCGGAGGCGGAGGUGCAGUUCUCGGCGGGGCGCUCGGGCUCGGCCGCGGAGGACGAGGAGGAGCGGCUGGAGCGCGAGCACUUCUGGAAGAUCAUCAACGCUUUCCGCUACUACGGCACCAGUAUGCAUGAGCGAGUGAACCGAACAGAAAGGCAGUUUCGAUCACUUCCAACUAAUCAACAGAAACUACUUCCUCAGUUUCUUCUUCAUUUGGACAAGAUCCGGAAAUGCAUUGAUCAUAAUCAAGAAAUACUACUGACCAUUGUGAAUGAUUGCAUACAUAUGUUUGAAAAUAAAGAAUAUGGAGAAGAUGGAAAUGGAAAGAUUAUGCCAGCAUCUACAUUUGACAUGGAUAAAUUAAAAUCUACAUUGAAACAGUUUGUGAGAGACUGGAGUGAAACUGGGAAAGCAGAAAGGGAUGCUUGCUACCAGCCAAUCAUUAAAGAAAUUUUAAAAAACUUUCCAAAAGAGAGAUGGGAUCCUUCUAAAGUAAAUAUUCUGGUACCCGGUGCUGGACUAGGAAGAUUGGCCUGGGAAAUAGCUAUGCUAGGUUAUGCUUGUCAAGGAAAUGAAUGGAGUUUUUUUAUGCUCUUUUCUUCCAACUUUGUACUCAACAGAUGUUCUGAAAUUAAUAAGUAUAAGCUUUACCCGUGGAUUCAUCAGUUUAGCAAUAACCGGAGGUCAGCUGACCAGAUUCGGCCCAUCUUCUUCCCUGAUGUUGACCCCCACAGUCUUCCGCCGGGUUCUAACUUUUCUAUGACAGCAGGAGACUUUCAGGAGAUAUACUCAGAAUGCAGUACCUGGGACUGUAUUGCUACCUGUUUCUUCAUAGACACAGCUCACAAUGUAAUUGAUUAUAUUGACACAAUAUGGAGAAUACUCAAGCCAGGUGGAAUUUGGAUAAAUCUAGGUCCUCUUCUGUACCACUUUGAAAAUUUGGCAAAUGAACUUUCCAUAGAACUGAGCUAUGAAGAUAUAAAAAAUGUUGUUCUACAGUAUGGAUUCCAGGUCGAGGUAGAAAAAGAAUCUGUCUUAUCAACAUAUACUGUGAAUGAUCUCUCUAUGAUGAAAUACUACUAUGAAUGUGUCUUGUUUGUGGUCCGUAAACCACAAUAAUGGCCUCAAGUGACAUCGCUAGGAUAAAAUGUUUAUUAAGAACAAAUGCUGAAAUAAACUCAGAAUCAACUAUAAUAAUGACAGGAUGCAACCUCAAAUCAGUGGUGCCUUCUUAUUCCUAACAAAAUUUAGAAAUAGCAUCUAUUUUCUUAAUAUGUUUAUUGCUUUUUUCAAAAAUAUACUAUGCCAUGCACAUUUGUACUACACAAGUAAAAAUGGAGGAAUUAUCUUCAAGUAUGUUUUCCUUGAAGCCCAGAGUUGUCUUUCAGUAGGAAAAAUUUUAUCUCCAAUGUCUUCAUGAGAAGUCUCUAUUUCAAGUCUGCCAUACUGAUGACUAAUAGUAUUGAAGUUCAUAACGUGUGUGUGUGUGUGUGUGUGUGUGUGUGUGUGUGUGUUGUAUGCAUUGCACAUUAUCUCUAGAAGAAUCUGGCAAUCCUUUGGAAUUGGAACUUUUGUUCACUAUGGAUUUUAGCAGUCUGUAUACAUAGUAUGCUUAUUCAUUAUUUGGAUUCAUUAUUUGGAUUGCUUUUUCCCAUUUCAGCUUGACUUAGAGGAGUAUCAAACAUCUUGUUUUCUAUGAAAUGCUAAAUUUAUUAAGAUCUAUUGUCAGUAAAGUCCAUUUUAAGUAAGUCUUGGCCACACUAAACUGAACACUUCUUGCAAGUAUAGUCAUCAUGGAUUAUUAUUAUUAAGUGUAUGAAUCCUUAACAUUGUGAGACACAGUCUUUUAUUAGGUACUGCUAGAAAACUGGGGAAAUAAUAAAAUCUGCCCAUUUGAAAUGUAUGAUUUUAAACUAUAAGUGAAGGUACAGCUUCAGUGAAAUUGUUUACAAUAAUGCCUUUGGAUUAUCUGGACUACAAAAAACAGGCACUUUUUCUUUAAAACAGCUAUAUCGUGAUAUUAACAUGGGAAAAUUUUGAAUGUGAAAUUCAGGGAUAAAUUACUACCCAUGGUCUGUGUCUGCAUUAUUGUAAGCAGCAACCUUAGUAUAAUUUUAGAUUGAAACCAGUUUUAUUUCCCAGUAGUUGGAGCUAAAACAGUAUAUGCUGCUUUAAAUUCUACCUCUAGCAGAUCUGUAUUGGAAGGAGUUUUCCUUUGCAUUAUUAUUAUUUUUUUAAUGCUUACCAUCCUUUCUCCUGUAGCUUAAAAGAAUAGAGAUGACUAAUUUAUUGCUUUAACCUUUUCUUGGUGAAAAGGAAGUACUUUUGUUGGACAUUUUGACAGAUGAUUGUGAUGGUAUUAAAUUUUGAAUUAGACAUAAUGAGCUGGUAACAUAAAAGUCCUAUUUUAAUAGUGAAACUUAUUAACUCUUUAGAAAUUUGUCGGCUGUUGGGUGAGUGCCUACAUAAUUCAGCAUCUACUAGUAGGACCCUUUCUGCAUAUACAGAAAGAAAGCUCUUGUGGCCUUUAUGCCCAUUGUGCAGUAAGAUUUCCAUGAAGUUAAUUUAACUAUUCAAAUUACAGAGUCCUGAAGACGGUCUGUUUUUGUUUGGUUCUUUUGUACUUUUUGUGUCCUUCGGUAGUUGACAGGUGUUCAUUUAGUAGGAAUUCUCAUGACUCAUAAAUGAACUUGAAAUUAAUUGUAAAGGGGAAAAUAUACUGUUUUAUAAGAAAUUUAAAAGGAGCCUAAGUAUUUUAAAUAUAUAUAUAUAUCCAUUUCAAGAAAAGGAAUGCAUACUAUUUUUAAGUAAUUUAGAAAUACUUUUUAUUCACUAGUAUUCACUUUUUUACAACUUGUAUCACAAAUGAUCUUUUUUUUUUAUCAUAGAAGUAUAAAUAGACUGGCAGCAAUGGUUUGACUUUACUAGUUGAGAUACUUGAUAACUAAUUUUAUUCUUUAAUGUUAAUUUUCUAAGUUACAGCUUACAUUUCAGUUAAUUUUGAAAUCAACUAUUUAAUUUGUUUUUAAUUUUUCCCUCAUCAUGAAUACAAUUUUUUUAAUGUACACAGAUUUACAUCACUUUUCUAUUGCAGCUUUUGCGGUUAACAUAUUCUACACUUGAAAACUGUGGUUAUCAGUCAGUAAUAGAAGUAUCACUGGAAGAUUUACUUUUGUGUCUUUGAUGUAUAGCUGCUGAAGUGUGUAAGCCUUAAAGUUUUAAUUUUUUUUCUUAACUCUAUACACAAAUGUUUUCAUUCAUUUUCAUAAAGCAGGUCAUUGUGCUUGCUUUCCUCCCCUACCAAUAAUAUGAAGUAGUGCAGAUAAGAAUUUGUUAAUCAAGUGAGCAGUGAGAUAUGUAAAAUAUAAGAUAAGCUGUAUAAAUCACAGUAUAAAA